AAAGAACGCACUUCUGAGAGAACUUUGAACUUUGAAACUUUUUCGUCGUGUCUGUAAAACUGUCAGCUUUCUCUCAUAUCCAUGUAUACUUAACGAAAAUAAAAAUCCACUGAUUCUCUCUCACUCUCACUUUCACUCUGAACACUCUCAUCUUCUCAGAUUUCACGUCCUUUUCCCGGGAAAAAAAAAAAUGCUCUCUUUUUUCUCACAUACCAAACAAUGAAGAAAAAACCCACUGAAAAUAUGUCACACCCACACACACACACACCACCACUUUGUGUGACUCUCAUUGCUCUGCUUCUCAUCUCCAUAACCGCCACGUCAGCAUCAAACGGCACGGUUCUGAUAGUACGAGGAAACGCCACUAUUACAAGCGUUAACGAAACAUUCGAGCUUGGGUUUUUCAACACGAAUGGCGACAGCAACUACUACCUAGGAGUCUGGUACACCUCGGUCACCCCGAAAACCUAUGUCUGGGUCGCUAACCGCAACACCCCAACUAAAAACCUCGACACGUCGUCGUUCGAGCUCAACCGGUUGGGCCGGUUGGCGGUGAAAGCCUCGGAGAAUGUCACGGUCUGGCAAAGCUCAAACCUCGAAGCGUCGUCGUUUUUCCAGUUUCGCGACGAUGCAAACUUGGUUUUGCUCUCACCGGACCGCGCGGUUGCCUGGCAAAGCUUCGACCACCCGACUGACACGUGGCUUCCGGGUAUGAACCUGACCCGAGACAAAGUGUUAACUUGUUGGAAAACCGUGUCGGAUCCUUCGCCGGGUUUUUAUUCUCUGCGGUUGAACCCACACGACUACGGUGAGUUCGAGCUUGUUUAUAAUUCUACCAAGGAGUACUGGACCACCGGGAACUGGACUGGCCAGUCGUUUAGCAAUGUCCCGGAGAUGAAUGCGCCGUACAUUUACCGGUUUAACUUCGUCGACCCGUUUAGCCCAACGGCGUCGUUUGGGUUCAAGGUGGUGCCGUUGGAUCCUACUAGCUCCGUGCCGUUGAGUAUGUUUAGGAUUGAGUACGACGGUCGUUUGCAUCAGUACACGUGGUCAAAUCCGAACGAGAAUUGGUACCAGUUUUGGGUUCAGCCGGUGGAUAUGUGCCACGUGUACGGUCUCUGUGGGAGUUUCGGGUUUUGUGGUGGCGGUGGGUCUUGUGAGUGUGUACCAGGGUUCAAGCCUCGAAACGACGCCGCAUGGGAGUCCAGGGACUAUUCCGGUGGGUGUGUCCGUGAGAACUUGUCGUGUGGUGGAAACGACGAGUCGUUUAGGGGAAUUGGUACUGUGCGUUUUGAUGGGGCGGUGGAGAAGUCGUUUUUGGGGGACAAGGGGAGUUGUGAGAGGGAGUGUUUGAAGAAUUGUGAGUGUAUUGGGUUGUACUACAAUGAGAGGAGUCGUUUGUGUACGAAUCUUUAUGGGUCGCUUUUGAAUUUGCAGAAAUUGAAUUACAGUGUUGGUGGAGAAAAUAUGUUGUAUGUGAGGGUAGAUAGUGUGAAGAAGGGGAGGAAAAGUUUGAAUCUUGUGGUUUUGAUUGGUAGCAUUGUUGGGUCGGUUUUAUUUUUGGGGUUUGUGGGAGUGAUGGGGUUUGUUUUGGUUAAGAGGAAAUGGAAUGGGGUGAUUGAGGAAGAUAGGGAAUUUGGGGUUCUGAAUGUGAGGGUGUUUUCGUAUAAGGAGCUUCAAAUAGCGACACGGGGUUUCUCGGAGAAACUUGGGCACGGUGGGUUUGGGACGGUUUUUCAAGGCGAGUUAAAGGAUUCUAGUCUUGUCGCAGUGAAACGGCUGGAUAGGCCGGGGGGUGCGGAGAGAGAGUUCCGGGCGGAGGUGUGCACUAUUGGGAACAUUCAGCAUGUUAAUCUUGUGAGACUUAGAGGCUUCUGCUCUGAAAAAUCGCACAGGCUCUUAGUUUAUGAUUACAUGCCUAAUGGUUGCUUGAGCGUGUAUUUGCGCCAAGAGGGGCCUCAUAAUUUGAGCUGGGAUGUUAGAUUUCGAGUGGCUGUUGGUACGGCGAGAGGUCUUGCGUAUUUACAUGAGGAAUGUAGGGAUUGUAUCAUACAUUGUGAUAUUAAGCCUGAAAACAUUUUGCUUGAUAAUGAGUUCAAUGCUAAGGUGUCAGAUUUUGGGUUGGCUAAGUUAAUUGGUAGAGAUUUUAGCAGGGUAUUAGCUACAAUGAGGGGUACGUGGGGCUAUGUUGCGCCAGAGUGGAUUUCCGGGGUGGAAAUUACCACCAAGGCUGAUGUUUAUAGCUAUGGAAUGACACUGCUGGAACUGAUUGGGGGGCGUAGGAAUGUGCAGCCAUCCUCAUCAGGCAAAGAGGGUGGAGGUGGUGAUGGUGGUGGAGCAGGGGAGAAAUGGUUUUUUCCUCCAUGGGCAGCACAGCAGAUAAUUGAAGGCAAUAUAGGGGCAGUAAUUGAUAGCAGGCUUGGUGGUGCAUAUGUCUUUGAGGAGGUCAAGCGUGUCGCGUUCGUGGCUGUGUGGUGCAUACAGGACAAUGAGGUAAUGAGGCCUACAAUGGGGAUGGUGGUUAAAAUGUUGGAAGGAUUGGUGGAAGUGACCGUUCCCCCAGCACCAAAAUUGUUACAAGCACUGGUGUCUGGUGAGUCUUUUUGUGGUGUUAGGGCUGAAUCCGGCAAUGGGUUAUCCUCAGGUAGUGGUUUAUAUGGUGUUGAUGGUAUGGCAGUUAUGUCCAGUGGUGGCUCAGAAUCAUCUGUUGGUAAUAUCUCUUCCCCUGUGAAUAAGAAUGUGAAUGCUUAAUAAUUUUGGUUGAGGUGGAGUAAUCAAGGCUAAUUGUAUUUAUGCCAUUAAUGCUUGUUGCCCCUCCCAUCUUCUCAAAUUUUGGUUGAGGUGGAGUAAUCAAGGCUAAUUGCAUUGUAUACCA